GACAUUGCUUGCACCGGCAGACGCGACAAGCAAUUGAGAAAACGCGUCCCCCCAAAGUUUGUUCUGCCCACCACUCCCCACUGCCACUCGCUAACCACCUACUCGAGCACUCCUCCCUAUCCACUCACCUCCGCCCCCCAGACUCUCCUUCAUCUGUGCCCAAUCUUUGAUCAUGGCUUCCUUCUUUGACAUAGCGGGUCACAGAGCUGCUGCCGCCGCCGCACAGAAUGCGGCCGUCCCUUCAACGAGAGCAAAAGAUCCUAAUAGGCCGGUUCCUUGGGUUGAAAAAUAGUGGGCCCCCUGCUUUGGCCAUUCUUUCUGAUUCAAGUCGAUUGACAAUAUUCAAUUAUUGCGCAGCCGUCCCAAAAACCUUGAUGAUGUCUCUGCUCAAGACCACACUAUCUCUGUCCUCAAGCGCACUCUACAAUCCUCCAAUGUCUGUUCAUCUGAAAUACUUGAUAUGGUAUUCAAUUAGCUGACCGUCGGAAUAAAUAGCUUCCCCACAUGCUCUUUUACGGCCCCCCAGGUACCGGGAAAACCUCCACAGUCCUCGCUCUGGCAAAAGAGCUCUAUGGGUGGGAACCCCUUCCAUCAUUUCACACGUUAUAAGUCUUCUAACAGCAUCUCCCCCUCCCAGGCCCGAACUGAUGAAGAGCCGAGUCCUCGAACUCAACGCCUCCGACGAGCGCGGUAUCUCCAUUGUCCGUGAGAAGGUCAAAAACUUUGCCCGGAUCACCGUUUCCACCGCCAAUUCCACCCAGUCCUCCAACUAUCCAUGUCCCCCUUACAAAAUCAUCAUCCUGGACGAAGCCGACUCAAUGACCCAGGAUGCCCAAUCCGCCCUCAGACGAACCAUGGAGACGUACAGCAAGAUCACCAGAUUCUGCCUGAUCUGCAAUUAUGUUACUAGAAUCAUUGAUCCGCUUGCCUCGAGAUGCUCCAAGUUCCGAUUCAAGCCGCUGGAUGAGGAGAAUGCGAAGUUGAGACUAGAGGAAAUUGCCAGGACGGAGAACGUGGAGUAUGAAGAUGGGGUCAUUGACGCGCUGAACAAGGUUUCCGAAGGGGAUUUAAGGAAGGCCAUCACCUACUUGCAGUCUGCGGCUAGACUGCAUAAUCCGAUCAUUCAGCCUAAACCUAAGAAGGUUGACGAUGAGGGAGAUGAGGAGAUGGAGUGUGAGGAGGACGAUGACGAUGAGGACGACUCCAAACUUGCCCUGGACAGCAAGAAGAUCACCGUCAAGUCCAUCCAAGAAAUUGCAGGAGUAAUACCCGGCCAGACAAUCGACAACCUACUAGAAGCAUGCAAGCCCAAGAAGGGAAAAAGCACAUACCCUGAGAUCUCAAGGCUAGUUCAGGACAUUGUCGCAGAUGGCUGGAGCGCCGGGCAGGUAGUUUUGCAGGUAUUAUUAUAUUCCCGAUCUCCCCAAUGGGACGAAGUGAAGCUAACAGCGCUUUGAAGUUAUACAACAAGCUCGUAUUUGACGACGUAGUCACCGCCGUGCAGAAGAACGAUAUUGUCCUCAUAUUCUCUGAGGUGGAUAAGCGUUUGGUGGAUGGGUCCGACGAGCACUUGCAGGUCUUGGAUCUUGCAUUGAGGAUCUCAGAGGUAUUAGCUAAGGGUUAGCCAGCUUUAUAGUUAGACAGACUCAACGGAAUUUGGUGGGGUUUGCUGUGAUAUAGGUUUUUACGAUUGCAAUUUAGAGAUGUGGUGGCUACCUUGUCUACGAGAUAAUAAGCAUGGCUAUGAAUUUUCUGCUUUUUCUGCUCACCCUUUUGGGGCGGCGAUUUGGGGACAGUGUGACGCGCUGUGGGUCCUCAGCAUAAGGAUUAUUUGGGACUUUUUUUUUUUCCUUCUCUCAAAAAUAAAUUCAUGAUUGCUCCGC